UUAGCCGUAGAGCUCGGUAGAAAGUCCUCCUUCAGUGCAAACCUUCCGCCGAUACGGCUGCCGGAACCUAAUCGAUCCAGUUUUAGCUUGACCGGCGAUCGCAGACGCUUAGCCUUUUCUUUGAAGGAUUUGUUGAUGCUGCCUUAAUACACAUUGGUCGGUUUGAAGGUCUUCUGCGCUAGAGAGAGAUGGAUCGCCACCACCACCCUUCAAGUUCAACAUUUGAACAGUACUAUCGUUGUUACCCUGUCGCUUUUCUGGAUAAGGGUUGGGAGAAAGUGUUUUAGCGUUACGAUUGCUUCUUAUUCUAGCCUGCAACUUUGUCUAAAAUCGUUUGUAACAUUUUGUAGCCGCAUCUGGAGAAAGGAAACAAAGCUGCAUUACAGAUAUUCUUUUAGUUUUGUAAUGUCUUUGUUGUAUCUGUUGCCUGCAGUUAUCAUGCCACCCUCGGCUCUUGAACGUCUUGCAUCCCUUCAUAUUGACUACCCAAUGCUCUUUGAACUCCAUAACCCUUCUACUGAACGAGUCACACAUUGUGGAGUUCUCGAAUUCGUUGCAGAAGAGGGUUUGAUCUAUUUGCCAUAUUGGAUGAUGGAGAACAUGCUCCUGCAAGAGGGAGAUCUUGUGCAGCUGAGAAAUGCCAGCCUGGAAAAGGGAACUUAUGUCAAGCUGCAGCCACACUCCACAGAGUUCUUAGAUGUCUCCAACCCCAAAGCAAUUUUGGAGACUUCCUUGAGGAAUUACUCUUGUUUGACGACCGGCGAUACCAUCUUGGUUGCAUACAACAACAAGAAGUAUUUCAUCAAUAUAGUGGAGACAAAACCCUCUGCUGCAGUUAGCGUUGUGGAAACAGAUUGUGAAGUAGACUUCGCUCCACCUCUUGAUUAUAAAGAACCUGAGAAACCGGCGCCGACUUCAAAGGCCAACAAGGCCCCACCUGAAGUUCUAGAGGAGGAGCCAGCGUUAAAGAAGUUCAAUGCAUUUACUGGUUCGUCGAGACGACUUGAUGGCAAACAGUUAGCAGAACCAGCUGUGAAUUCUAUUGUCGAACAAUCUCAGAAAGAGGUCAAAGAAAUCAGCAGUGACUCGAAGUCUUCUUCUGCGUCUGCUUCUGCUCAGCAGUCUGGGAAAUUGGUCUUUGGUGCCAACAAAGCGCCUCCGAGAUGAAACCACAAAUAUCCAGCAAAAGAAAAAAAGUCGAGAGCCAGAAAAAGGGGAGCAAGAACCAAAGUUCCAUGCUUUCACUGGGAAGAAAUAUACGCUCAAGGACUAAUUUGGAGUUGGCGAUAGUUUUUAACCCAUUAGCGUGAUGUACAAAUUUGUCCCAUGUAAAAGCUGGCUCUUUUACAGUUCAGUUUUUCAGUAUCUUUCCAGUAAAUACUAAAUACAUCCAAGGUUCAUUUAAGUUUAAAGAAGACAGACGUUGAUGGCAACUUCUUGACAUAAUAUAAUUUUUGGAUCACAUUUCACCAUAUUAUCUAAUCAUAUUAUAAAAUAAUAAUCAUAAGUUUGGAUUUUACAUAAGGUCCAACAUGUACUGUAUGCUAGCUUCUAAGAGCAAUCAUUCCUUACAGCUCAAGGAAAGUCAAGCCCUGAGGCUUGUCGACUUCGUAAAAUGAGGCAGCUGGUGCCUGGAAGG